AUGUCUCCCAGGUUGAAGCCAUUGCUGCUACCUCAACUUGUUGAAGAGCGUCGCAAAUUCGAAGAGCAACAGCCCGAAUUCCCAGAAGGCGAAAUGGACCGACAGCCGCUUCCUGAUGUGCAAGAGGAACCAUUGGAGCGAGACGAACUCGACGAAAGCACUAUAUUGGCCGAGCCGUUCGAUUUGUACAACUGCUUGUGUGACGAGCCUUGCAUCCACCACGAGAGCUCUGAGACGCUCAACAGCGUGUACCCUGCCGGGUUUGAUAUCGACUAUGACCUUGGAUUUUCCAGUGAUGGCGAUUUUACAUCCACGUUGGAUAGGAAGAGGAGUGGAACCGAAUCCCCUUUCUCCGGCUUGGCUACACGUUUGGGGUCACGAUUCCCACAGCUCUCGCGAUGGAAGUCUACAAAGCGGGCACAGCUGACUGCGUCGCCUACUACUGAGCUGACGUUUGAGAACGCUCAUUCUGUUUCUCGCGCGGCAUCAUCGAGUCGGUCUUCCUCCUUGUCUGGCCCUACACGGCAGAUCCUCGACAGGCUCAAUGAAUACCCGAUCCCUACUCCCGCCACAUCCUUUUGGGAAAGUAGCGAAAGUGUGGAAUCUCCAGCUCCCAUCGACAUAGAAAAGGCCAACAACGAGAGAGAAAGCAUCGAGCGUGACCGGGCCCUCGCCGCGACCCCUCUGCUUCCGCCCCUCUUGAUGAAUAGCCCACCGACAGAAGUCCCUCAUCCCAGCCCUCUUCAGUCUCCCAGCGUGGAUCCGUCAACGCUCUCACUGGAGAUCCCCUCCCCUCAGCCGAUUGCUCAGAUUUCUACACCCUCCCUGAGCGCGAAGCCGUCAGUGUCUUCUUUCCGCCACGUUCAAGCGAGCCAAGAGCUGCCCAUUGGAUUCCCUUCUAUUGUACAGGACCACGACGAGUGGUCGGAUCGCCUUGGGCAUGCCAACUUCACCAUUACUCCGCAACCUUACCAGCCGGUGGAGGCUGACAUGGAAACUCUCCGGCUCUUGCGAGCCGACUGGGAAGCCGCUCGCGUCAGCUACACCAAGCACCUUGUGCGAACCGGCGAAAACUAUAGCGAGACUUCCAAGAUCUAUGCGCUCACUGAGGCGAAGUGGGCCGAGACUGAGAAGAAUUGGCGAACCUUCCACGAGCAGACGAUGGAGCGCAUUGCGGCUGCCAACAAGUCAAGCAACCAACGCCCGGGAAGCUCCCGCAGCCGCAGUCGUGGUCGCGUUCGCGCCAGCAGUGGCGGCUCUGCCAUACUGCGCAGACCUACUCAAGACGAUGCCUUUGCUAGCAUGCAAUGGCGUCGCCUCGAAGACGGUCUCCCCACCGCGAUCCCUCGACUUAUUGAUGCUGAGGGUAAGUUCCCCGAGCGUGGCGACGAAGAUAUUGUCGGGCCUAUGGAGCGCGACACGAAGAUGAUUCGCUCCAGGAGCGAGGAGCGCAAGGGAGGCCGUUUCUGGCGCAGCUUGGCUGAAAAGGUUGGCAUUCGCAGAUGA